CCCACUCAGAGUCCUGUGGGCUGCACAUGCUUUCUCUCUGAUCCUUCCACUCCCUGGCAGCCGACUCGCAGGGUAGGUGGAGCCUCCUUCGUUCCAGACCGCCAGACCCCCGACUGAGGCUGCGAUCGCAAGGAGAGUCCCACUGGUCAUUGUGUCCUCUCCCUGCCCUCCGCUCAUGGUGACAGAGCCAACCAGGUCCACCCGAAUCUAGCAGAGACAACGAGAGCCUCAGGUCGAAGCCUCGAGAAGCAGAGUCCAGUGGGCGCUUUGGGCUCGUGAUCUGGUCCCCCCUUCCCUCUCCCUCCACCCCAACCCAAGAUCCCCGCGUGGUUCCCCCCCCCAUCUGUCAUGGAUCCACAGAGGCAACGGGUGGCGGCCGCGUCGGACAAGCUGGAGCUGUCCGGCAUCGAGGAUGAGGCGGGAAACCCCAUCAGCGCCCUGUCCAUCCUCUCCCUGCUGGAGCGGGUGGCCGGCAUCAUCGACAACGUGCAGCUGGGCCAGCAACGCAUGGAGGAGCGGCAGCUGGAGCUGGAGAACAACAUCAAGACCAUCCAGGGUGACGUGCUCAAGCUGGCCAAGGACCACACCACCACCAGCGGGGCGGUGGAGAAGCUCCUGCAGAAGACCCGCAAGGUCAGCUCCAACGUCAAGGACGUGCGGACGCGAGUGGAGAAGCAGAACGUGCGCGUGAAGAAGGUGGAGAGCACCCAGGACGAGCUGCUCACCAGGAACAAGUUCCGCGUCGUCAUCUACCAGGGAGAAACCGAGAUCCCUUCUGUGGCUGUCACAAAGGUACCCAAAGGAGCGGGUCUGGCGGGGGUGGAGGUGGAGCCGGACACCUACGACGCCCCGGCUGACCUGUCCUCGGAUGAGGAGUACAUGGUGGUGGAGGAAGCCGACUCCAGGGCGACACGCUUGAAGAAGUCAGGCAUGAAGGGCAUUGAGAACAUCAAGGCGGCCUUCUCCCGGGAGAACAUGACCAAGGCCAAGGACAACAUCGGCACCAAGUUCAACCACCUAGGCGAGCGCAUUGUGCCGCCAGAGCGCCGGGAGAAGAUGCACCAGGCCGGUGAGCGCAUCAAGCAGUCCAGCGAGAGGCUGAAGGAGAACAUUGCCAAGAAGGCCCCCACCAAGGAGUCCUUCAGGAUCAAGCUGAAGAAGGAGAGGACAGUGGCAGAGGGCCAGGAGGGCGCCGAGGGCGUGGAUGGGGCCACCGACACCGAGGAGCCAGCCGCGGCAGCCAAGGGGCAGAAAUCCAGCUCCGACGUCACCUACACCGAGGUGGUGACGGAGACCAAGAGGGAGGGGCCUGUGGCUGAGCCAGCUGCCACACGGAUAGGGGAAGAGGAGGAAGGCAAGGGGGAGGCGGCCGAGGCCCAGCUGUGAGGCGGCUGUAAGGCGGCCAAGCAACAGGCAGACCACCAGCGAAAGAAAAGUAAUGACGGCACAGAGCACAGAGAACACCAGAAGACAGAAGUUCAGUUUUGCAGUGUAUCACCUCAAUUUGUCUUCUUUUAAAAAGGCCCACUGAACUUUCAAGGGAAUCCUGGGGAUACAGAUUUUUUUUCUUUUUUUUUUUUUUUGGUAGUGAUUGGUGAAUUGGUGGAGGGGGGAGUGAAGGCCUCACGCCAGUUUGGAAGGUCAUCUUGAAUGAUGAUGUAGAGUAGCUGUUCGGUAAAUGACAUUCAAGAUGACAGAAUCUGACAAAAUUAAUAAAAAUGUGUUUCCUGUGAGGUUCAACCUUAUUGGUAAUUGUUGGGUGUCUGGAAGUGAUAAAUCAGUUUUUGGGGGGUUUUUUUGCAUAACAUAUGGACACAUAUUCAGAUGAAAGAACUUGAUAUAACCACAAUGGAGCUACUGGAAGUUCCUUAGUGUUGAACUGGAUUUUGUUAUUGAGAUUUUUAGGAGACCUGAGGACACCUUAACACAAACUGGUGCUAAACUUUCUGAUUGUCUGACGCUCAUUUGUGUGCAUACAUACAUUUGUGUGGAUUUUGGUUACCGCACCCUAGUGUUGUUAGGUGAGAACAUAUGGUAUUCUGUUUCGGAGCAAGGUUAUGAGCAAGUGGGAAGGGCAUAACUUUUACUGUAAUUCUAAAUGGUGUGGGUGAGUGGCAGGUUAUCAUGAUACAAUGUUGUCAUGUUGUAUUUUAUGAUAAUCUUAAACCUACUCAAUGUCAAAUCUGGUACUCUGUUUAAUGUGACAGCUGUAAUGGAUUUUGACAUGGACACUGGCUAUGAAAAGAACUCAAUCAGCAGGUCUCUGAAGAGUGUCUUGAAAAUAAUUGUAAUGAACAUGUUGUGAAACUGACAUAGCUUGAGAAAAUUUUGUUUGAAACUUAAAAGAAAGAGAUGAUAUUUUCAUUGCUUAAUCCAAUAAAUAUUAAAUAUCGAAUGUGUUCUAAAAAAAAUAUAUCAUUUCUAAAUGAGGCAUUCUGUUCAAUAAGAUAAGAUCAGUAACUUUGGCCAUCCUGUUAAUGAAUACUGUUAAAUAUAUAUCAAGGUCAGGUCUAUUUAUUUAUUCAAUGGGAAACCGUAUUUUAUGUAACAAAAGUACUAGUAAAUAUACCAGGUAGCUGAAAGAGGGUAAUACUUGAAGUGAACACAGGUCCUGCUUGCUGCAUCAGAGAGUGGUAGUGUGCAUGCAUUUAAAACAGACUAUUAGUUUAGAUCUCUUGAUAAACAACUGUAAAUUAAAUUUUGUACAAAUUUCCUCAAUGAAUGAGUUUUAAACCACUUUGUGGCCAAAGUUUAAAGUAGUUCCUUAACCAUCUUAACCAAGUAUUCUGUGCUGCACAUUUUAAUGAAAUAAUCUGUUGGCUUGUGAAAAUAUAUUUCCUCCAAAGAGGUGAUACC